UGCAAUUGCCUCGGUCGUAGAUAGGACAAGCCGCGUGCUCAGGACGUAUACUAAUUUCGCGGUUAACGCUCUUCUCAAGGCCCGCGCGUGUACAACCACCCUCGUGUCAUCCCGUGCUCGAUCCGUUUUUUUUUCGCAUAUGAGUGAGAAGAUAUCGGAAGAGUUAAUCGAAUUUCCCAUUUCCCGAUGCUGUGUGCCAAUCAAGCGGAUCAAUGUAAAUCCAUCUCAAUUAGGAUCAAUUAAUGUGCGGGACUUUCUAUGAGUGACUGGAGACAGCGUGCAGCGUCCCAUCGCCGUUCUAUAUCGGUGCCACCUGUGCGUCUGGCUGGCACAGUUGUUGCCUCGGGAAAACGCGGUGCAUCGAGUUAGGUGUCUGGUCUGAUCUGUUGAACUGGUCUGGACGCAGUGCCUCGGAGGGAAUCCCACCGUGCGGAUUUACGACGUCGAAUUUCCGCAGUGUUGUGGCAGACAAACCGUAAACAUUACCACGUUCGAAGCGGGAGGCCAAACUUCGUCCGGUAGUCGGUCGGUCAGGUCCGGUGGAUUGGCGUGAAAGUGUGUGCAUUUCGGGGAUCCAGAAGGGGACGCUGCUGGCCGAGAAGAUAUAUCAGUUCGUUUGUUUUAUUUGGAAGUCAUUAAUCACAGCAGGAAGCAUCCGUGUUUUGCCGGGCCAUGACUUGCUCUCCCAAUGGGAGGUGAUUUACGCGGAUGUUUUGUUACAGUUUAAAUACCCGUGGAAAAUAUCGUACCGUGUAGAGGCGCGGAGACCUCGGCGCUAAGGUCGUGGAGUGGAGUGGGGGGCCAUCAGCAAGUGCGAGUGCAAGUGUGCUAUAUUUUCUAGUCGCAGGCAGCACGAGUGAGAUUUUGCCGAGAACGAGGUGCAUCUGAGAUCUAGUGCAUACGAUUUCGAGUGGGAAACGGGUGAAAAUUUAUGUGCGAUACCUGGCUUGGUGCACUUAAUUUUCAAGGCAACCGCUCUAGACUGCCAAGUGUGUAAGCGACGAGGAAAAUCGUGACGUGUAUAAACAAAUGUGAAAAUCUCAGCUUGUAACGCAUUCGUAUCAUAACAAGAUUCCAGUAAUUCCUUCCGGCUGUAGUCCGGUUUAUCGCAGUCGAUAAAAAUUCCCUCGUAAAACCCCAAGCUGUGAAAGUAAUGAUUUAUUUUACACGCCACUGAAAGAUAAAAUCAAUCUCCAUCAUGGUGGCCGUACACCUCAACGACCACCGCCUUUCGUGAGCAGUAAACAUUGUAGUUAAUCACAACGCACAGAAUAUUCAGGACGGACGGAAAAAAAUAAAACCAUCCCAGGGCGGAAACAACGAUUCAUCAAAAUUCUUCCAAUCAUUCCCGGCUCGAGCAGAACGGAAUAUGAGAUGUGGUGUUUGCUAAUGCUGCUGCAAAUCUUUCUUGUUAAAGAAACAGCCUUCGGAAUCAAGCUGACGGAGGUACGAGUACCGAAGCACACCGUCAAGGAUCACCCGGUUCGACUCGAGUGCCACUACGAGAUGGAGGGCGAUGCACUGUACGCCGUGAAGUGGUACAAGGACGGCAACGAAUUCUAUCGCUACGUGCCAAGAGAUAAUCCGCCCAUCCAAGUUUUCGACCUGAAAGGAAUAAAUGUAGACGAGCAGAAUUCAUCCAACGUGCAAGUAGUGCUGGAUCCGGUCGAAUUGGCCUCCAGUGGGAAGUAUCGAUGUGAGGUGUCAGCCGAAGCCCCAUCGUUCCAGACUGUGUCCGAGCACGCAGAGAUGACUGUCGUUGUUCUUCCCGACGAGGACCCCCACAUAACAGGCGGAAAGCCUCGCUACCAGAUUGGUGACUACGUGAGGGUUAACUGCACAUCCGGUCGCUCGAAACCCGCAGUUCACCUGACCUGGUAUAUCAACAGCGAGCCAGCAGACCACGGGCUUGUAAGACAAUACGAGCCCGUCGUUUCCGGUGCAGACCGGCUCGAAACCUCCAUCUUGGGGUUGGAAUUCCGUGUCAAGCCAAAGCACUUCAAGCGAGGCGACAUGAAACUGAAGUGUCUCGCAACAAUCUCCACCGUCUAUUGGAAGAGCAACGAGGAAAGCGUCGAAGGCGACAAACCGCAGAAAGCGCCGAUGCUCGAAUCGCGGAAAGCUGUCGCCUCCAACACCCGGGCGGAUCGCGUUCAAGCAAACAACAGUGCUCCCAGUGCAAGCAUCAGCGACUCCUUACUGGCAGCUUAUUCUGCCCUGUUGGUAAUCAUCACUGCGGCAUCGGCAUUAUCACUUACGUCCUGCGGUGGGCUCCAGAGGCCGCCCCAAUUCAGCAGUCAACUAACGCUAAGGUAACUAACAUCCAACAAAGGAACGAAAAGUAGUCAGCAGCAGCACACACACAAAAACCUACACAUCCAAACAAAUCUAACUAUCUGAACUGUGUAAUUCGAUUAAGGCAAAAACCAAAAUUUUAACUUGAAAACAAAACUAUUAAAAUGAGGUUAGGACGGACAUCCAAGAAGGAGCGAAAUUCAAAAGGGUCGAGCGAUAAAGUUUCAUAGAUAAGGUUAGGUUUUAUCUUCAGAGGUUUUGCACGCGUGCGGAAUAAAGAAUGACUGGGCAACGGAUGAAUGAGAGAGCGUAGUUCCUUAACGGACUGUUGUUUUAGAUAAUUAAGUUAUGGGAUGAAACGAUAAAUCGACAUAAAUGUAGCAACGAUACACUACUGUGUGGAACGAAUGUGAUCAAAAGCUGGGAAGUAGCGAAUGUGGAGCUUGAUUGUGAACUAGCUGGUAGAAACCGUAAUUUAUUAAUAAUGUUAUCUAUAGCGAGAGAGAGAAACUUUCCCAUUUCGUAUGCAAGUAAAUCAAAUUAAAUUUCGAUUCAAACUGCUGCCACCUUGCGAAAAACCGAUGGGAUUAGAAAGAUUGGUAAGCCGGAAAACCCUAUGCUAAUGAUUUCAUCGUGGUAAAUAUCUUCAUUUCGUUACAUUAGACUACCGCCAAAGUCUGUUUGAAGAAAGCAAAGAGUAAACGAUAGCUAGGUAUACGUUUUCAGUUGAUUUAGUUAAACAGCAUUAUCAUUUGAAUGUACUCUGUGUAAAUAAAGCCGAUUUUCACCCUACAUGAGACCACACCCUUCUUCCCGAUGCGCAGCCCUGCUUCAGUCUCGUUCGUCAUGCAUCGUCGGGGUGUUGUAUAACAUUUUUAUUUGGAAGCCCCAACACCGCACAGGAAAUCGCGAGAAUCGUGCACGAAAUCAGGAAAUAGAUUUUCCUUCUCCUUUCCGAUCUUCCUCCGGUGAUCCGCGCCGACAGUCGAACACCGCAGCCCGUUGCGUGUUUGUUUCAAACACCUCCUAAAUUCCACCCUCACCUUCGAUGCAGGUAAAUCUAAAUAUCAGGUGAGGCGAACGGAAAACCGCCACGUCUCACCUCGGCUGGCAGUGAAUAGGGCCCUCUGUCUCUCUAUCUCCAACAGGGUUACGGGAACAGCUUCGUUGGUAAACGAAUUCAUGGUUGAUGAAAUUGAUGUUGAGGAGUUUUAAUGUAGAUAAUUAUAAAAUAUCCUCAAAUUAAACACCUAAUCAUCUCAAAUAGUGGUUUUUAUUUUUCAAAUGACUAUAUUGUACGAGACCUCACAUAAUAAGCGUGCAACACCGGAAUAGAACCAAACGACAGUGACUGAAAUAGGCCGUGUCCGAAUUGGUAUGCCCUGCUUUUACCCAUAACGACAAAGUUUCCUCAUGAUUAUUCCUUCUCCAUCCAUCGGGAAUUCCCAGGAGCCCAUUGUUGGUUCACAGAAGGAGUGUACAGCAAACCCGAAAGCCAAAACGACCGCACUCGAAUCCGUGGUGGAGAAACCUAAAAAUUAAAUUCGACAUCAUGCUGUCGAUAGCUGUUACCGAUGAAAUAUUGAAAAUAAUGCUGUUAUUCGGAUACCGAAAUCCGUAAAAAGCGACCGCACAUACAAACAUAUAAUUUCCAGCAGUGCGGAUGGACAGACGGGCAGAAUCAGCGACGCAACAAACACAAUAAACCCCAUACAUUUGUACCGUUGAAUUAUGGGAUGUCGACCUGGAUGUGCUAUACGGAAAUGGAGCCGAUAGCGGGAGGGGAAUGUGGUGUAUAGUGGGUGGGUGAUUUAAUUACUCGAUGGAUUCGCUGAUUGUCUCGGGUAAUGGAGAAUGGCUCAUCACUUUUUUUUCAUGCUCGAAAGUAGGAUUGUGCAUUAGUCGAUUAGCUCUAGUCAUGGAAUUGUAAGGAUGGCUACGCUUCCAUUAUUUUUCAUAUGGUGGUCAUCUUCAAAAAAUGGACUUGUCUUAUGUGACAUGAGAAUCAUCAAGUGACCGUACCAAAUUUAGUUCUUUCCGAUUCUUUGUUUAUGUAUAAACAAUACUCCCUAAAUAUAAAUCUU